GAGGGAGCUGGUGAACUGGGCGGGCGCUGUUGCACGUGUUCUGAAUGGGGAAGACGGGCUCGCAGCGCAUUUCUCAUGUCCAAUCGAUCCCUGCUCGGGAGGAGCGACGGGAGAGCAACUAUCACUCCUGCAUCACUAUACCAUCACUCUCAUCAGCAUCUCUCCGGCGACUAUAACGCCUCUGCGUGACAGACUCGCGUAAGGUGGGGAUGAACUUGUGUGGAGUGUUCGCCAAAAACACCAGCCCGCCGAUGCUUUGGGGGAAUUACGCACUUCUGAUGACUUUCUACUCAGUCUGAUUUUUUUUUUUUUAGGACGGGACUCGUCGAGAUCAUGACAAACCGGACCACGUCGCGGAUGUGCGAGCCCCGUUUUGUCACCCGGUUUCGGAGGGCUGGCACUUCGGCGCGGCAGUAGCCCUCCUCACUGCUUCUUUAGUGUGUUUGUGUGCGGACUCCUGGACUUGGACAAAGGGGCUUUAAGGGAAUGCCCCGCUUGGUCUGGGAAACAAAAAUCAGAUUUAAGUGAACGGAAAAAGUGACAAAGACGCUUUACUAGCUCACCUGGAUGCUUUACACUUCCCAGAGAUCAUGCCAUCUUGGUUAUAGAUUUGGAGGCUCCCUCUGUUUGAGCUGAGGAAGAGGAAGAAGAGGAGGAGCGAGAUUUGAGGCGUCGGUGAAUGCAGCCAUGGCCUGUACCUACCGUCCAUAAAGAAGCUGAACAGUGGAAGAGAGACCAAUGGAGACAGAGAUGGCCAACAGGAUGAACUUCUGGGGGAGGUCAGCUUGGCCUUGGCAGGUGGCCUUCCUUGUUGCCUUGGUGAUGCUCUGCGUUGACCCGGCGUCUGCUGGCAACCGUAACCAUCGGGGACCGACAGUAUCGUACCAGGUGAAGCAGGGGACGUGUGAGGUGGUGGCCGUACAUCGCUGCUGUAAUAAGAAUAAGAUUGAGGAGCGCUCACAAACCGUCAAGUGUUCCUGUUUCCCGGGCCAAGUCGCUGGCACCACCAGAGCCAGACCCUCCUGCGUGGAAGCUUCCAUUGUAGCCCAGAAGUGGUGGUGCCAAAUGCAGCCAUGCAUGGACGGAGAGGAAUGUAAGGUCCUUCCCGAUCUGACCGGCUGGUCCUGCAGCACUGGCAACAAAGUCAAAACCACCAAGGUCACCCGAUAGCAAGAAAGCCACCGAGCCACGAGGAAACCUGAAACUUUCCGUGCGGAAAAAAGACGGAUGACUCACAUAUAUUUACUGUACGAUGGGGACAAAUAUGAAAGAAAGAACCACUGUCGGGAGAUCCAUCAAAAGACAAUUGGAUAAAAAGCACUCAUCAUCAACCGUGUACGCUUGGCCACGUGGAGCCCCACUUGCAGCAUACAUGCUAUGCUGGUUAUUGAGACCAAUGGACUACAAUCAGGGUAUAUCUGUACAACAAAUGGACCCUUAUUUUCCAAUAAAGGACAGUGUGGAUUGACCACAAACACUGAUAAAGCAUUUCAAAGUAUAUAUUUCAACAAAGUAUUUGUGGACGAGUGUGAACCAGAAGCUGUGCAGCGAGCGCUGCUGGCCGCGGUCCAGGCCAGUGUGGAAGCUACUGCAGACAGCGGAGAGGAUAUUUGGGUGGAAUGAAACUGAUAGCAGCUCAUAACUAGCAGAUAGCAAAUUAGCAUCAAAUUGCUCUUGUGGGUCAAGUCAGUACCACGAAGACUGUUUUGCGGGAGUCAUUUUGCAGUUCUAAUUAGGAAAUGCAGUAGGAUCAUAAAAACAUAUUAAAAAUUCAUGUAAGAUAUUUGCACUAGUUGAAAACCGUUUGGGAAUGUUUUGUUUUUCUAGAUAUCUCCCAUGUUUUGCUGUGGAUGUCACAUGAAAAUUGAAGGUGAGCAUUUUGUAAAAUGUCUGACACUUGAAGUAGAUAAAUAUGUAUAUCCCACGCCCACUAAUUCUGAGUAGUUAUUCAUUAAAAAUGGCUCAGACUGCUGGGCUUUCGCUUACAUGCUGCUUUUUACAACAUGAACCAGUAUAGUGUGAUUCAUCUGCCACAUUUUAUUGCCCAGAGAUAUUUCCAACCUCGGCCUUCAAAGUUCUAUAUCUAACAUAUCUAUCUAACAUAUUCCGUCUGUGACCUCUCUUAUGUUAACUGUUAAAAGGAGGCCCAUAAAUAUUCAAACAAGGAGGACUAGUUGUCUUUAUGUUGUUAUUUCUCUUUAUCGGCUAUGUCUCUUUCUCCGUCGUCUUUACAAAGCACUGUAAAUACAAACAAACUGUAUCAAUCUCUAUUAAGAGAUGUGUU